AUGGAUUUAGAUAAUGAGGGGAGGUUAAAGAAUGUUUUAUGGGUAGAUUCAUGUAGUCGGGCAACCUAUCAGUAUUUUGGUGACGUGGUCACAUUCGACACCACAUACCUGACUAAUAGGUAUGGGAUGCUCUUUGCACCAUUCGUUGGUGUAAACCACCAUGGGAAAUCGAUUCUUUUGGGGGCUGGGUUGAUUUCUAGUCAGGACACGGAGACGUUUACAUGGCUAUUCCAAAUUUGGUUGCAAUGUAUGGAUGGUAUAGCUCCAAAGUCUAUUAUUACUAAUCAAGAUAGAGCAAUGAAAAAUGCAAUUGCUAUUGUCUUUCCAGAAACUCGACACACAUUUUGCCUAUGGCAUAUACUCAAGAAAGUCCCUGAGAAGCUUGGGUCAUAUGCAACCUACAAGAGUGGACUGAAAACUCAACUCAUGAAAUGUGUGUACGACACACAAACCAUUGAAGAGUUUGGAAAAUGUUGGGCCGAGUUUAUUAGUACAUACGAGUUACAAGAGAAUGGUUGGUUGGAAAGUUUAUAUGCGGAGCGUGAGCAUUGGGUACUGGUUUUUCUAAAAGAGCAUUUUUGGGCUGGUAUGAGUACAACACAUCGCAGUGAGAGUAUGAAUGCUUUUUUUGACGGUUAUGUCCAUUCCAAGACAAACUUGAAGGAGUUUGUUGAACAUUUUGACAGUGCACUGAAGAAAAAAAUUGAGAAUGAAAAUCAGGCAGAAUUCCAGUCAUUUAGUGGCACCAUUCCCUGCAUUUCUAGAUCCCCAAUUGAAAAGAAAUUUCAAUUGUUGUAUACUAACACAAAAUUUAAGGAAGUACAACAACAAGUAAUUGGUGUGCUUGACUUGGACCCUUCUCUACUAACAUCGGAUGGUGUAAUGAAGAGUUAUUUGGUAGAAGAUGAGGUCCGAAUUCAUGAGUAUUCAAAACAAGUUACAUAUUAUGUGGAUUUUAAUGUGAAUGACUGUUCUACGAAGUGUUAA